UAAUAUAAAAAAUGUAAAUGUUCUUGAAUAGGCACGACCACAGUGUCAAGCGAACUGUGGCUACAAAUAUCAGUUGCAAAUAAAAAUGGAAUUAAAACAGUCUCGACUGCCAAGUUUUUUAGAUCUUACGAAGUCAACACAUUAGCAUGCUGCGCAAUCAGGGUUCUUCCUCUUCAAUAUGGAUCAACGAUUUAUCCUAUGUAUUUAUUACGCAUCGACGCUGCUCCAUCUUUUCUUUGUUAUUAUUACAUAUAUACACCUACUCUGUUACCUGGCUCGGCGUUAUUGCAGACGCAGGACGUGGUGGCGCACGAGGUGUACGGGGAAGAGGCGGUGAGGGUGACACCUCCACCAGUCACCCCUUACCUAAACGGAGGACCUGAACCCGAUCCACCCGGUGGAGACGAUUCCGAUAUGGAAAACGUCACCAGGGUCAGAUUGGUCCAAUUUCAGAAAAACACCGAUGAACCUAUGGGCAUCACUUUGAAAGUGGAUGAAGAAGGCCGUUGUAUUGUAGCAAGGAUAAUGCAUGGUGGAAUGAUCCAUAGGCAAGCCACUCUUCACGUAGGCGACGAAAUUCGAGAAAUCAACGGAGUGAGUGUUGCUAACCAAUCCGUUGAGAGUCUUCAGCGUAUGCUGCGUGAAGCUCGAGGUAGUGUUACAUUCAAGAUUGUCCCAAGUUAUCGUAGUGCUCCUCCUCCUUGUGAGUAUUUCAGGAUAAAUCCACCUCCUAUUCUAAUAUAUGUUCGAGCUCAAUUUGACUACAACCCAAAUGAAGAUGAAUUAAUCCCUUGUGCACAGGCGGGUGUCGAGUUCAAAACGGGAGAUAUUCUGCAAAUAAUAAGCAAAGAUGAUCACAACUGGUGGCAAGCAAGAAAAGAAGGAUCAGAUGGCACCGCCGGACUUAUACCAUCUCCGGAGCUUCAAGAGUGGCGGACGGCCUGUUUGGCUAUUGAAAGCUCUAAAAAUGAACAAGUGAACUGCUCAAUUUUCUCUCGCAAGAAAAAGCAUUUUCGUGAUAAAUACCUGGCCAAACAUAAUGCGGUCUUUGACCAGCUAGAUGUUGUUACAUAUGAAGAAGUUGUUAAACUUCCAGCAUUUAGAAGAAAGACUCUGGUUUUGCUUGGCGCACAUGGUGUAGGCAGACGCCACAUAAAAAAUACUUUAAUUAGUCAUCAUCCUGACAAGUAUGCUUAUCCUAUACCUCAUACUACUAGGCCCAUGAGGAAAGGUGAAGAAAAUGGGAAGAAUUAUUAUUUUGUCUCACAUGAUGAAAUGAUGGCUGAUAUUGCUGCUAAUGAGUAUUUAGAGUAUGGAACUCAUGAAGAAGCUAUGUAUGGUACUAAAUUAGAAACUAUUCGUAGGUUGCAUGCUGAUGGGAAAAUGGCAAUAUUGGAUGUCGAGCCUCAAGCUUUGAAAAUACUUCGGACGGCAGAAUAUACACCCUAUACUGUCUUUAUAGCUGCUCCAUCAUUAGGAAAUAUGCAAGAUAUUGAUGGCAGUUUGGAAAGACUGUACAAAGAAAGUGAACUCCUACGCCAAGCUUAUGGCCAUUUCUUUGAUUUGACUAUAGUGAAUAAUGAUAUUGAAGAAACCAUUAGAACUCUGGAAAAGACUCUAGAAAAAGUGCAUAACACGACACAGUGGGUUCCUGUUACAUGGGUUUAUUAAAUACAUAUAUAUUAAUAAUCCAGCAUUAGAAAGUACACUUUACAAGCUGCUGCCAAACACAUGGCUCAUUCUCCGGCCAAUCUUUCAUGGGGUCGUGAGAGCAAAUCACGCCAAUUUUUGCUGAACAUUUUUUAAUUGUAAAAUCAUAGAGCUCUAUGCUAAGGGAUAAUCAUUAUAAAUCAUUAUUUGGUCGAGCUUACAAUUAUGAAAAUGUCAUAAAGUGCAGUUCAUUUGCAUACCCAAUGAUGGAGAAGACUCCUGUGUUAUGUGUUCAGUGUGUUUCGUCUUAUUUCUUUUAAUACUAUAUUCAUAUGCAGUUUGUGUUAUAUGUUCAAAAUAUAAGGUGAAUGUUAUGUAUUUUGUUAUUAAUUCCUACUGUUAUUGUCUACCUAAUUGUAUAUUACAUUAGAUGAUGAUAUUGAAGUUAAGGAGCUAUUUUUAAAUCUUCAAAGAACCUGUUUGAAAAUAAAAUAAAAAUACCCACUAAAGGCAAAAGUUUUCAUAAGCAAAUUAUAAAGAAAGGCUGUUGUUUCUUUUUCUGAAUAACUCUUUGUCAUGUACUUUUUCAUUUGAUAAGUUUUAUUACAUGUAGUGGCUUAUAGAAAAAUUCAAAUAUUAGUUUGUUCUGCUUUUUAUCUGAUAAAAGGGACUUUUUUUAAUAAUAUUCUUCAAGUUUUGUUUUUUAAUUUAUAGUGAGAAGUCUGAUUUUCUGCAUAAAAUUCCUGAAAAAUUGUUUGUUGCUCUGUAAUUUUUCACAAAUUUCUUAUAUGAUUCUUUAGUAUCAAAAAAUCAUUUGCUUUUCCAAUUAAUUAAGCAUUUAUAAGCUUUUCUCCUUGCUUUUCUUUUAUAGGCAAUUUCAGAUAUGUCACAAAUUUGUAUCACAUAAAUCUAGCAACUAUAUAAAUUACAUUUAAAAGGAAAGUAUGAGGAACUGUAUUAUAUUGCAUUAUUUUCAAGUCUGAAUUGAAAAGCUUAUAUUAUUUUAUAAUUUUUAGAUUUUUCAGUUUCUUAUUCAUAUAUUAAAGAAUUGUAUUUCUGUAUUGGCUACUAGCUUUCUUGCUGUGAAUGAUCAACUCUAAUUCUUUCAGUUAAUCAAUUUGGAAAGCUUUGUGUAUUUAUAAAAAUUUCUUUUAUAUUAAGGUGUAUAUUUUUAAAAUGUAAAGAAAUAGUUUCAUUUUUAUUUAAUCACAGGAUACCAAGCAUUCCAUGAAAAGAUGCUACAAAGCUAAAUUAAAUUAUGCAUUCCUUAAUUAAUUACUUUAAUAUUUUUAUAUUGCUGCAUUUUCUGCAUUUAGUACUGUUUGUUAUGUUAUGGCAUUUGAAUAAUACAUUAAAUGUAGCCAUAACUUAGAAAGGCAACAUUUAUUUUUUAUUAUUGAUAGCUUGUUUAUGAAACAAGUAUAGAGUCUGGCAUUUAUAUUUAGCCUUGUAAAUUUGUUUAUGGAAAUAAUUAUUGGUUUGCAGUACCAUGGGUAUACAUUCCGCUUUUAUGUAGUUUUUGAAAAGAUUUGAGUAUAUAUAAUGUUGACUUUGAAUCUUGAAUUUAUUUUAUGCUUAUAUGUCUAUUUUUGUUUGAAAUGUGAACGUUUGUUUGAAUUUUAUCUAUAGAAAAUUAUGUUUUACGUAUGGGUUUGAAUUAGUAUGCUUUGUAAUUUAUGUCUCCAGUAAAGAUAACUGUUCCUGAGUUGUAGUUUUAAAUAGCAGAUAUUAAAUUUCUGCUAAAAAUUGAAAUGUGUCCUCUGUAUGAAUUAAAUUUUCUGAACCUUUUUUAGCAUUCACUGUAGUCUGAAAUGUAAAAUAUGACUUGAAUGAAAUUAUAUUAAUGGCAUAAAUUUAGAUUAUUCUUCAUCUGUAUGUUUUCAAUACAUAUAUGCAUUAAUGAUCUAGUAAAACUAGAAAAACAAGUGUUCAACAUGUUUUAAUAUAUGCUUGAACCACAUUUGAAUAAAUUUUUUAAUAAAAUAUGUUAUUUUUGCACCUGAAAUAGUGUUCUUAAAAUAUGUAUCCUGAAACUUAAUUUAAAAUUUAGCAUAUUCUUAAACAAGGAAAAGUAGUGUUUUUUUUUUGGGCGGGGGUGUCUUGUUAUGUCAUAUUUAAAAGAUAAUGCCAUUCCUUCUAUUUUUAAUCCUUCCUCUAUUACUAGUAUAUAAAAGUAAUGUAACUGAUGUAUAAAUAAUUUUAUAUAUCAGUAACAUUACUAAUAUAUAAAAAUAUAAUUAUCCCUACUUAAUUAAUUUUACACUUUUAGUUUGACAUUGUAAAAAAUAUCUUAAUACCUGAAUUACAUAAAGAAAAAAGAAAGACAAUUUUGCAACUUUUCCUUCUAUGAUUACAGAAAAUCCUCAAAGGCAACAUCUGCAAAUUAAAUUUAGGUAUUUUAUUAUUAAUUGCAUAGUAUGAAACAAAUUAUGUAAGUCAUUAUAUAUUGAGAAUUUUAAUUUUCAGUUUUUAAUAUUAGAUUUUUGAAAAUAAUUCUUACAUAACGGGUUUCUAAUUAAAUUAUUUUAAAUGAGAUCUAGUGCAUUCAUUAGGAAAUUCCUCAAGUAUAAUAUGUUGGAAAAUAAAGUAUAUUUAACUGCUCUUUUAAUUGCAUAAAGCAGUACUUUUCUGUGUGUGUUACUCUAAUUCUGUCUAAUACAAAAAAUCUAAUUCUUAAUUGAAUAGACAUUUGUUCUUAAAUUGAAUAGAAAUGAGAAUGAAUAAAUUCCCUUAAUCUAUAAAUGGGAAUAAAUACUUCUAAAUAUAUUCAUGUAUUCAUUUUCUAGAGAACUGUUUUCCUAAUUUAUUUGUGGUAAGUAUGCUUUAGUUUUCAGUAUCAAGCCAAUCAUGUAUUGGUUUUUUUUAUCUGCUAUACCUGGUCCAUUAUAAUUGCGUGUAUAGUCCUUAUAUGGCAGUACCAAAAGAAAAAGUUAACUACAUACAAGAAACGUGCUUUUUUUAUGACUGUGAACUUGAGCAUUUGAUGCAUUUCUGCUUCCCAAAUAAGUUUUAUUUUCCUUUAAAUAGGAUAGUCAGAAUUCUUUCACAAAUGCAGAUAUUAGUCUUUUAAUCUAUAAUUGUUAUCUGUUGUCAUCAAGUGAAAGAAAUUACAAAGCAUUUUGCUCAUUCUGAUUUUAUGUACAUUUAUUCAGCUUUCCCAUAAAAAGUGUUAAUUAAGAGAUUAUGACCAAUAAAUUUGAAAUAAUUAUAAACUGUUGCUUUUAAAAUUUUCUUUUUGUGUGUUUUUUUGUUAUGUCCUAUAUAAAGGAAAAAUGCCAUAAAAUAGAAAAAUAUUCUUGUCAAUUAUAUUGCAUAAUCUUGAAAGACUGAUAUGCAAGCUUAAGUAUCUUUGCAGUUUGUCUGUUUAAAAAUUUUUUAGCCAUAGGAUGCAUUUAUUUUAGCUUAAAAAUAAUUAGAAAUUAUUUUCUUUAUUAUUCAUUUUUCUGCAAUGCUUUUUCUCAUUUAGGUAUAAAAGUUGAUAUAUUUUUUCUAUAUAAAGUUUUGUAAUCUUUCUUCAUAUAUAGCAGGAUUGUUAUUUGAAAUAUAAAAAAUGAAUUUUAAUUUAUAUAAAUUUUAUAUUAUGUGUAUAUUCUGGUAGAUUCAAAAAUUAGAAAGUUAUUUCUGUAAUUUAACUAUUUUUAAUAAAGUGUACAAAUGUUUUAUGAAUAGUUUCUUUCAUAAUUUUUAAAUGGUUUUAAUAAAAGUUAUUGUGUAAUUUCAUGUAAGAUAUUAUAUCAUAUAUUCUUAUUAACACUUACUAUAUGAAGAAAAACUUCGUCUGUCAGGAUAUCCAGAAAGCUUAAUAAUUAGAAAAAUAAUAUUAUUAUUAAUAUACAGUUACUUAAAGUUAUAAUCUAAUACUGACAAAUAUAUCCAUUUUUCUGAAACAUUUAAUAUUCUAUGAUGGUUUCUAUGUACAAUAAUGUGAGAAUUUGGUAGGUCAAUCCUAUUUCCUAAAAAAAAAAAAAAAAAAAAAAAAAAAAAAAUUUGACACUGUAAAUCCAUACUUUUCAAAUAUUUUAUUUACAUGUAAGAAUUUUGAAAGGCUUAAUAUUUUACCAAUUUAAUUGGCUUCUGCAUUCCAUUUCCAUUCAUUUUCCACUGUUGUGUAUACAUUCGAAAUGUAUGCUCUUCUAUAAAUUAGUGAUUAUAAAAAUCGUAAGAAUUUCAUACUGUACUAUCAUUUCUUCAGUAUUUGCACUAUCAUUUUAUUUAGCAGUUGUAAAUGAAGAAACAAAAUUUAAUUUUGAAAAUAUACUCUGAUUUUGAGGAAAAGGAAGGUUCUGAGGAUUCGUUAUCAAACUCUAUUUUAAAUGCGUAUGUAUAUAUUGUAACAGCUUCUUUUUUAAAUGUAAAUGAAAGAAUAAUGAAGACAGGAAAAUUAUGAUCAUACAUAAGCCUAUAAAUGUAAGUAACGCUAUUUAUGUAGUUAUUUUUUAGUAUAAUUGCAGUAUAAAAACUUUAUUACAAUCAAGAUAGUAGUCAUAAUAUGAAGCACAUAAGGUUAAAUAAUUACACAGCAUGUGGAACUCGUUUAUUUUUGUACAUGAAUAUUCAUAUUCAGGGUAUAAUAUUCAUUUUAGAAGAUUUUACCCAUUAUAUAUAUAAAAAAUGGAACAAAUAAUAUUUAUUUCUCUUUUCACAUUAGUUAUUAAUAGUCAUCAAAAUAAGUACAUCAAUAUAAAAAUAUUUUAUUUAAAUAAGCGUGAAGAAGUUUGUUAAAAAUUAGAAUUUUACGAAAAAUUGUUAUACACUUACCAGUUUAAAUUAGAAUCGUUCUUAGUAUGUAAUCCUGUAUAUUAAAAUAAGUGCAUUUUUUAACUUUGGUUUCAGGUCUCUUGCAAAAUUUAGCCAGAAUUCUGAUUCUUCAAUUAUAUAUUUGUCAUGUAGUUUCGAAAUACUUGGUACCCAAACAUCAUGUAUGCAAUAAAUGUAUUAGUGUUUUAUUUAGCUUCAAUUAUCACUAUUUAUAUAAUUAUCAUAUAAUUACCAUUGUGCAUGUAAUAUAAAUAUAUGUGUUGCGAAUUAAUUUUAGAAUUUCUCUUUCUAUUUAGAAAAGCAUGAAAAAGAUUUUCCAAUAUUGCAUAUAUAAUUGCAAAAUAUUUUAUAAAAUGUACUCAAGUUUAUUUAAUUUUUGAUACAUUAUGUCUCUAAAUCAACUAGAUUAAAUAAAAUAAAGUUUAAUAAGUAAUUUAAAAUAAUUAUUACUAAAUGCUGAAUAAUAUUAAUUAUAAAUAAAAUCUGAUAAGCGUAAUGUAAUAUUAAAAUUUGUUAAUUAAUUUAUUAGCAAUGUAAUUUUCUAUGAUAUGAACUAAAGCUAACUAAAAGGAGUCCUAAAGUUCACAAAAAAAAAAAAAAAAAAAAAAUGCACACUUCAUAGUUUAAAAGCAAAGAAAUAAAAGGGGGAAAAAGAAUUCUUAGCAGAAAGUUUCACACUAUUUCUUAGUCAAUCGAAAAUAGGUUUUUGUUAUGAUUUUAUAUUUUAAAUUUAUGUAGAUAUUCUUUUCUAGAAGCGUUUUCAUAUAUCUUAGUAUGGGGAUUUUUGCAUGCUCAUAAUUUUAAUUUCGUGUAAAAAUUAGCAAGAAGAAAUUGCAAAAUUUUAUUAAUAUCAUGGAAUUACUUUAGAGGGUGCUCUUUUAAAAUCCUUAGCUUAUUUUUUAUAGUCAUAAUAAAUUAAUUUUAGAUUUAAAUUUUUCAUAGUAUCUUGAGAAGAUGUGAAAAACAUUUACUACAAUAAAUUUCCAUAUAAAAACUUCAUGUUGUUAAUUGAGAUUUUUAUCAAGUAUUUCAUAAAUUGUUAAGCUUUCAUUUUAAUUAACAUAAUUAUAUUUUGGUGAAAAUAAGUUUCAAAAUAACUUCAUUUUCAGACAUGGACAAUUAAUGUUAUGUAACAAAUUUUCAGAUUAUUCUUGAACUGGAUAAUUAAUUCUUUGAGUUGAAAUUAUGUUCCAGGGGAAAAGAAAAGGAGAAAAAAACCCUUGCUCCAGUUUUGCAAGGUACUUUUCCUCUAUUUAGCUGAGUUUUUCUCUGUACAUUUAAAUCAUUUGCAUAAGAUAUGUUCUUUACAUAAUAGAACUACUUCUCAGGUUAUUUUUUAAUGAGGUCUGUAUGACAUCAAAUUAGCUAUUGAUUUAAAUUGUUGUGAAUUUUUAAUGUAAACUAUUCAAAUCCAUAACUAAAGAAAUAGAGAGCUUAAUAUGUUAUGCUUUGACAGUGUUUAAACUCGCAGCAUCUAAAAGCAGAUUUUUUUCUCUCCCCUCGAAUCUGUAAAAAGGUAAAGACAAAUAUUUAAAUUAAUGAACACCUAGUUAUAUAAUAGCGGUAGAUAAAAAUAUUACAUACCUGAGACUUAAGUAGGUAAUUCAGAUGUGUAUCAUGAAUACUAAAAUGUCUGGCUAUUUUUCAUUCACAGUAAUAUGGCUGCAAUGGGAUGCAUUCUAUAAACAGAGGGUGGAAAAUUAGAUAUAGAUAACACACACAAAGAGCAGAUACAUCCAGUAAACAAAUUAAUUAUUAAUUACAUAUAAAUUUAUGAGCAAUAUAUUUUCUAAUUUCUGUUCAAAGUAUAGAAUAUAAAAAAGUCUGAAUAAUUAAUCAUUUACAGCUUUAUUGUUCUAUUAGUAAUUUAAGUUUUAAAUGAUAGCUGAUAGAUUGAAAUGUCUAUCACAAAAGCAAUAAAUGAGUAAUAUUAAAUUUUUUGCUAUUAAUAAGUUCAAGCAAAAUAAUAUCCAUUCUCCUAAUGACCAUUAGCUAUAUGAAAAAUAUUAAAAUUAAUUGCAAUCUGUUAAUAUUCACAAAAUUAAAUGUGUUAAUGUCAAUGUGUGUAUAAAUGUAUUUUGUGGAUUAAAAUGUGUUAGUAACACAAAUCAGUGUAUAGAUAAUGACAAACCUUUCAGUAAUAUUUUUAUUUAUAUUGCAUAAAAAUGAGUUAUGCCAUACUUGCACUAAAAUAUUUAUUUUGAAAUAGUCUUGAAUCGUCUUGAGUUUUGAAAUUCAUUUGGAGAUUACCGGUUGUAGUGAGCUAAUUUCCAUUUUGAAUUAAAAACUUCUUCGCAAUAUAUGUUAUAAACUUAAAACUUCAAUUUGCAUAAUUAAAAUGUCAUUAAUAAUAUAAUUAUAUAAAACAGUUUACAAUAAAAUUCUGAGUUCAGUGUAAUUUCUAAUUACUUUUAAUUAUAUUCAUAUUGUAUAACAUCUCUCAAUUGGCUUUUUGUUCAUUUACUGCACCUGUUAUUAUAAAUGAACAUUUUGUUCUUCUGUAUGUAAUUAAUAUGAGAUUCUUCAUGUGAGCAUUUUUUAUUCUAUCUGUGUGCUAAUUACCUUAAAAAUUAUACAAAGUAACAUCUAAUUAAGAUAUUAAUUAAAUGCUGCAUUAAAUAAGAUAUUAAUUAAAAUGCUGCAUUAAAUAAAUGCAAGUUAAUGAAGUGUAGUUAGAAAAAAAUUAUUAUUGGUAAACAGAAUUUAACUGGAUCUAUAGCUUUUCCAAUGCAGCAGGUAUAGCCUCCAAUAUUUAAUAAUGACAUCAGUGUCAUUACUUCAGACUGUACGAAAAGUAACAUUUUAUUUUUUUCAGGUUUUUAUUGUAUACUAUUGUGCUGAUACAGUAGAACCCCAUUUAUUUGGAUCAGUUGAGCAUUACAGUUUUAAAUAAAACUUGUUUUGUCCUAAACCAAGGUCGGGCUUGUUUUCACAAUAAUAAUUGAAAAAAAAAAAAAAACCAGAAAAGGUUCAUUUGGUCACACAUCAUCUUCGGCAUUAAUAUAAAUUUGUAAUUCAUUUAAAAUAAAAUAAUCUUUAACAGCUCCAUUUUUAACUUAUUAUUUUAUUUAAGUCGCAUAAAAUAUGUAAUAUUAACUAAAAUAUCGCUUCAAAGAACAAAUGCUGAAAGUACUAAAACAACAAGAAUUAGCUUUAAGUUGCGUUCAAAUCGAUACUAGUUCUGAAAAUUUAUGCAAAUUACGCUGAUUCUUGCUACAGUAUUUUACCAAAAAAAUCGCAUUUUUAUGGCAUGAUCACUAUUAGGGAAAACUUGGGUACUCUUUUGCCGUCAUUUUGGAUACCUUUCCUCACUAAAAGGCAAAUUUCAUUUGAAAUGUACUGCAACGUAUUUUAAAAAUUAAGUGAAAUCUUUUAUGUAUACGUUUUCGAAGAUUGUAUUUUUUUUUUUUUUUCAAACAUAUCUUUUAAUGCAGCUCAUAUUUUAAUUGGUGUUGUCCAUCAAUCACUAUUGGAGAUAUUUAGAAGUCAUUUUCAGGAGAAUAAAUUCAAAACGUAGAAAUAUAUUGGCAUGAGUAGGUCGCAUUAUAAAAGAGGCAUCUAUUUAAUUCUAAGUAAAUGAAAGAAAAUUGGAAAUGAUUCAAAUUCAGGUUUUCUUAGUUGACUUCUUUGUUUCAAUUGAGCGGGAUUUGGGUUAAAUGAGGUUUUAUUGUAUAUGGUGCAUUAAAUGAACCUAUUUAAAUUUUUAUUUAUUUGCAGUGAAAAUGAUUUUUAAUGCUUUUUGUUAUUUUUGGUGUAAAAUAAUAUAAACUAUGACAAUAUAUAUAAACAAGGCAAUGAAAAGCUUGUUCCUAUAAGUAUUUAAUUGGAAUCAUUCAGUUAAUAUUAUUCAAGUUUGUAAAUAUGCAUUUCAGUCACAAUAUCAAAACCUGUUAUUUGAACAAAUACCAUAACUGAAAUAUUUCUGUGAUACCAGAAGUCUUAAAUAAUUAUCAUCUAUAUAGAUUAUUAUUGUAACAAUUGUCGAUUCAUAGUUUUUGUCUAUCAUUUCUAUUCAUCUAUGCAUAGUUUAGCCAUGUCUUAGGUAUUUCAAAUCUAAAUGCUUUUUUUUUUUUUUUUUUUUUGUUAAUUUUCAUGAGUAAAUAACAAGAAAUAAUUUAAUUUUACCUAUAGUUAAGGCUCUUCUCUAAACAUCAAUUACCUGUUAUGCCUAUCCUGUUUAUUUGUUGAAUUUACAUUAUUUUUUGCUUGUAUGUCCCUCCCCCCCCCCCAGUUUUCUCUUCUCAGGACUAUGCUUAUUUAAUUAUUAACCUAACUAGUGCUCUCGGUUUAUAAAUAUCGAUUUUUUAAUGCAUUUGACACGUUAUGGAAAGUUUUCAACAGAAAUUAUGUAUAUUUUAAUAUGCAUUUCAUUGAACUUAGAUUGAAACACCUAAGACAAAUUUUACAUGGCAGAGAAUAUAUUUUCAUUGUGGUCUUUUGAUUGAAAAGUAAAUAAUGUUACGUGUGUUCAAACGAUAACUUCUUGCGGGAUCAGAAUAUUUCCCGCUUUGCUAUAGGCCUCAGUAGUUUGUCUCCCGGUUCUUAUUGAAACAGAACGAGGUGAAAACUCUUGUGAUAAUUUUCUAGUAAAUCUAAUAAAAUAACUGUUGCCUCCAGGUAACAGUAUAUUUGCA